UACCUUACAUUUACAAUUAUUGUCUUACAAGUAACUGCUAGAACAGUUAAUAUCUGAUGAACGCAUGCGAACAAAUCCAGAGCCAUCUAGUCGCAUGCUUAGUUAGUAUAUGUACCUCUUUGAGUUGUGCUAAACGGCAGUUUGAAUUUGAACGCGUACGAGACUGGAGGUUGUCAAGCGUUAUUAUACAUAAAACAAACGAUAGAAAAAUGUCUCUAAUUCCAUGGGUUGAAGACUUCCACCGGCCUUCCAGAUACUGGAACAGUGGUUUAGGACUCUGGAGGAAUCCCGAAGAUUACACUCAAGCAGUUGUGCCAAGGAACUUGCUUACCAGCCCUCUGGAAUAUCUAAACUGUAAAAUUAAGGAUUCAGGAUUAGAAUCGAUCCUCAGAGGAGAAAAAUUCCAUACCAACAUCGAUGUCCAACAGUUCAAACCGGAGGAACUUUCUGUGAAAGUAACUGGAAAUAAUACGGUAACCAUAGAGGGAAAGCAUGAGGUACAGCAGGAUGAGCAUGGUUACAUUUCCCGGCAUUUUGUUAGAAAGUACGUUCUUCCGAAAAACUGGGAUGUCAGUCGGGUCGAGUCAAAACUAACGACGGAUGGAGUUUUGUCCAUCACUGCUCCCAAGGUCGAAGAGAGCAAACAUAUCCCAAUACAACUGGUGAAGAGAUUAAAAUUCAAAUUUUAGAUGAUCUACUGGUGAUUUCUCGUAUGGGAAUCCCUCCAAAGCAAUAUAUUUCCGGCCAUCUAAGGUCUUCCAAAAUCCUCGAACUCUUCCCAAGGGCGUGACUAUCUCCGGCAG